AUUCCUGAUGGCUGAUUCAGCUCCAUUGCCAAAUUGCUCUCUCCACACUCGCCUUAAAAAUCUUUCUCGACAUCGCAGCUCGGUUGAGGCUUUCACUUUGUAUUUGUCGCCUGCCAUCUCUCUCUCUCUCUCUCUCUCUCUCUCUCUCUCUCUAUCAGACUGAUGGCUUCGACAAUGUUAUCUCUAGCUUCUUCUUCUCCUUCAUCUUCGUUAUCACUGCGUGAAAUCAACAAGGGAAAAUUAAAUCUUGGAAGUGCCAGUUUCAUUCCUUGCUUGGACAAGGAUAAAUGUAAUCCCUUCUUAAAGAACAAGUUGCAGUCUCUUGGUCGGAUAUCUAUGACCGUUGCUGUCAAUGUUUCUCGUUUUGAGGGCAUAACAAUGGCUCCUCCUGACCCCAUUCUCGGAGUUUCAGAAGCCUUUAGAGCAGAUACACAUGAAAUGAAGCUCAACCUUGGAGUUGGGGCCUAUAGAACUGAAGAACUACAGCCUUACGUGCUUAAUGUUGUUAGGAAGGCGGAGAAUCUUAUGCUGGAAAGAGGGGAAAACAAGGAGUAUCUUCCAAUUGAAGGAUUGGUUGCAUUCAAUAAGGUGACAGCAGAGUUAUUAUUUGGAGCAGACAACCCAGUUAUUAAGCAACAAAGAGUUGCAACAGUUCAAAGUCUUUCAGGAACUGGUUCGCUUCGACUAGCUGCAGCUCUUAUCGAGCGAUAUUUUCCAGGGGCAAAAGUUCUGAUAUCAUCUCCAACAUGGGGUAACCAUAAGAACAUUUUUAAUGAUGCUCGAGUCCCAUGGUCUGAGUACCGGUACUACGAUCCAAAAACAGUUGGUUUGGAUUUUGAGGGGAUGAUAUCUGACAUAAAGGCAGCUCCUGAAGGAUCUUUCAUUUUGCUUCAUGGAUGUGCUCACAACCCAACUGGAAUUGACCCAACCCCUGAUCAAUGGAAAAAAAUUGCUGAUGUCAUUCAAGAGAAGAGCCAUAUUCCAUUUUUUGACGUUGCAUACCAGGGAUUUGCUAGUGGAAGCCUUGAUGAAGAUGCAGCAUCUGUGAGGCUGUUUGCUGCACAUGGUAUGGAGCUUCUGGUUGCUCAAUCGUACAGCAAAAAUCUUGGCCUUUAUGCAGAGAGGAUUGGAGCAAUCAAUGUUGUAUGCUCAUCAUCAGAUGCAGCAGCAAGGGUAAAGAGCCAACUUAAGAGGCUUGCCCGACCAAUGUACUCGAAUCCUCCUGUUCAUGGAGCCAGAGUUGUUGCCAACAUUGUUGGCGAUCCAGCUCUCUUCAAUGAAUGGAAAGCAGAGAUGGAGCUUAUGGCUGGAAGGAUAAAAAAUGUAAGACAGAAACUAUUUGAUAGCCUCACUGCAAAAGACAAGAGCGGGAAGGACUGGUCGUUUAUUCUAAAGCAGAUUGGCAUGUUCUCCUUCACCGGCUUGAACAAGGCUCAGAGCGAUAAUAUGACAAAUAAAUGGCAUGUGUACAUGACGAAGGAUGGAAGAAUAUCCUUGGCAGGAUUAUCUUUGGCCAAAUGCGAGUACCUUGCAGACGCUGUUAUUGAUUCAUUCCAUAAUGUCAGUUGAAGCAAAUGGUCCUGAAAAAUCCAAUAAGGAAAGCUUGGGGAUAUUUUUUGAGAUCCUCGAUUCGGAACCACCAGUUAGUGAUUAUUUUUAACGAGAAAAAAGAAACAUUUUAUAAUAAAGAGGGGUGUUGAUGGUUAUAAGUUUUGCAAUUGAAAUUUUGACUGUUUAUUCCUUCGGAAAGGAAGUUUAGUUGCCUUGUGAAUCAUUUUGAUUAUACACUGUUGUAUGCUGUGUUACGAUGCUUCAUGCAUAUUUUCUUUUUAGAUUAAUUUGUCUUUUUAAGUUUCUAACA